AGACCCCGAGUCGCAGAGGCCCCUGCGAGAUGUGUCGGUGAACUCGAACGUGCGCCCGGCUAGGAUCGUCAGGGCCGUUACGUCGGAUUCCGAGGCGCAGACCUCGCUCACGUCCGACGCCCUGGAUCAAAUGAUGAGGCACCAUGGGCACCCCGGCACGACGAGGAUCCGGCCCGGAUCCUCGGACAGCACGGGCAGCGUGAUCCGAUACCGGGGCUAUCGAGGCCGCGAGGUCAGGAUCUUCCGGCGGCGCGCAGACGUCAUCGGGCAGCAUGGGACCACCAGCAUGGCCCGCAUCCGCCGCCAAGGCCAGGCCCAGAACCCCCACUGCUUCCAAGCCUGGUACCCCACCAAGGGCUCCAGACCUGGUUCCCCAACACCUCGUGCAGUGCGCGCGGGAGUGGCAACCGCGGGACCGGCCGCAGUUCAAACCGCCACCAAGUACCGCCGAAGCCGCCAGUCAUCCGUCACCUCGUUUGCGUCGGAGCUUGAUUCUCGCUUCAAGAUGCAGGCGCCCGGCACGGGCACGGGCGGCAUGGGCGUUAUGGGCCCCGACUUUGGCCCCAACACCGAUCCUCGUAUGAUCCAGGCCAUUACGCAGACGAUGAUUGGAGAGUUCCUGUGGAAGUACACGCGCAAGACGGGUCGAGGCGACUUUUCCGAAAACCGUCACCGACGCUACUUCUGGGUUCACCCGUACACGCGAACGCUAUAUUGGAGCGAGAGGGAUCCGACCACCGCCGGCCGCGCGGAGCUCAAGGCGAAGAGCGUCCCGAUCGAAGCGGUCAGGGUGGUGACGGACGACAACCCUAUGCCUCCUGGGCUGCACCGCAAGAGCCUCGUGGUCAUUUCACCGGGCAGGACGAUCAAGUUUACCUGCACAACGGGACAACGCCACGAAACGUGGUUCAAUGCGCUGUCGUACCUUCUCCUCCGCACCACGGAUGAUGCGCAAUCGGAUACGGAGGAGAUGGCGGGCCAGAUCACGCAGGAGGACGUGGACGAGUUCAACCCGCAGUAUGGCCAACGCCGGGCUCCCCUAGCAGCCACGCGCACCGAUACCUCGGCCCUCGAGAUGUCGCUCAACAUCCCCACGCUGACGCCGGCCAGGGCUAACCGUGUCGGAGAGCAGCGGCCAUCGUACGGGACCUUGACCCGGUUGAGCGGAUACUGGAAGUCGGGGCAGGUGUUUAGCAGUCUGCGGAGUCGUCACACGAUCACGCCCGACAUUUAUGAGACGAGCGAAGUUCAUGACAGCGCCGAGGACCUGCGAGCCUACUUUGAGAGGCAGGACAGGGAGUCGGACCGGCUGGAGAACGUGCGAGCGUGCUGCGACGGUAAGCACGACGUCGGCACACUUCCUCGAACCUCGAAGCGCCAGAGGGGCGGGCUGCCUCAUACCCACUCACAUGCCAGCGCUUCUGCGGCGCCGACUCCUUCGAGCACGACACGAUCUCGCGUCUAG